AUGUCCGCAUCCGUCGACUCGACUCCGGUCGCAUCCCGAAUGUUCCGGUACUUUCUCAAGAAAGCUGCAAAACGCGAAAAACUAUUCAAGUCCCCCAACAGUAGCCGACAGGUGAAGGUGUACAAAUGGGAAAAGGUAUGUGCCGAGCGUUACCGGACGGCAUUGUUCCGCCGAGCUUGCUUUGUUCUUGUUCCAUUCGCAACAGUGAUUCCCUAACGCUGUUUUUCUCAUUGCUAUUCAGGAUAUCCAUUCUACCUCGGCGCGCAGCCGGACCCUCUUCUUUCGUUGGACUCCUUCUCUUACGGAUCGCUGUAUCCCAACCUGAACAAGUUAUCUUUCGCCCCGAAAGGCAUUCCCUUCAAGGGGUUCAGUAGCGAUCUCGUAACGUUCUUGCCCACCGACGGACUAAAAGAUGACGGUAGCAUCGCGAAGUUCAUCAAGGACUACGACACGUCCAGAGAACUCAGCUUCAACGGCAAAGGCUUCAAGGUGAUACCGAAAGCGAAUCGGGGUCUACCCGUCAUACCGCUCAAGGGCCCUGAAGUGGACGACAUCCUGAAAGGCUACGAAGUUUCGAAAGGUCUGCGACUCGACGGGCCUCUCAUCAGGGAAUUCCAGGCUGAGAAAGCUUCGGCCGAGCUCAGAGCUCUUUUGGGCGGGAACAAACUCCCACUUAAGAUCCCCAUCGUGAGAGGAUCGGACGUCGGUAUUCUGAGACCCGUUUCCCACAUUCCCCAUGGUUUCCCGAUCAAGGAGGCCGGGCACUACGGAGGUCCUAUCGCUUCCCUUUCGUACGGAACUCCCGUCGAAGAGCAUGGACUCAUCGAAGGACAAAUCGGGGGCCAUUAUGGAGCGCCAAUCGCACUCCACCGUCAAGUGAUCCCAGUUCAGAAGCACUUCAGCGCUGAAAUUCCUGACCUGAAAUCGCGCACGGUUAUCCGUAACGCUGGGCUCGUAGAGAUACCCGCCCCUCAACUUCACCAGAGGGGCCACAAAUUCGCGCCACUCGUCAAGAAACCCGACCUUUACCACGCUAAGCACUUCCUUCCACAAGCCGUCAGGGUCAUAGAGCCGGCACCUGUACUCCUUCAGAAGGAAAUCAUCCCCGUGCAGCAACAUCAUGGUAUCCUCCACCUCCAGCAGCAUCAGGUUCAAUAUGGUCAGCCACUCCAGAAGAUCCGCCCCCACGUUAUCCACCACGAUCAGCAACACCACCAGAUCAUCGAGAAGAUCCCGAUCCAACAGCACUACCAACAGGAACAAUAUCAUCACGCUGUUCCCGUGCACAUCCAGCAGCAAAUUAUCCCAGUGCAACAAGAAGCUCCCCGACAACAUGCCAUCCCUGCACAACAUGCAGUGCAGCUGCAGCAUGCGGCUCCGAUCCAGCACGCGAUUCCAGUCCAUGCCGUUCAGCAUGCGCCCAUUCAACACCAACAGCUGCACCACGCGAUCCCCGUCCAUGCGCACGUUCAGCAGGUGCACCAGGCACCCGUUCAGCAGGUGCAUCACGCACACGUUCAGCCCGUGCACCACGCUCACGUUCAGCCGGCGCACCACGCUCACGUUCAGCCGGCGCACCACGCACACGUUCAGCAGGUGCACCACGCACACGUUCAGCAGGUGCACCACGUACACGCUCAGCCAGUGCACCAGAGUCACGCUCAGCAGGUUCACCUCGCACACGUUCAGCCUGUGCACCACGCACACGCGCAACCCGUUAUCCAGCACGUCCAGCACCACCAGAUCGAUAGACAGGUCGUGCACCAUGCACCUGUCCAUGCGGUUCCGGUGCAUCACCAUGUUCAACAUACGGAAAAGCAAGUAAUUCAUCACGCUCCAGUUCACGCCGCGCCGAUUCAUGCUCAGCACGUUGAGCAACAGAUUAUCCACCACGAGCCAGUUCACGCGGGUCCUAUCGUUCCGGUGCAGCAGCAGCAGCAGCACGCUCCCGUGCAGGCGGUCAGUCACGAAGCAGCUCACGCUCCUGCUCACCACGGAGCGACUGUCCAUCAACAAUAUUUCACGAUUCAUCACACGGAGCCUGAGAAGAAGGUUCUCCACGCGCCCGUGCUCCAGAAAGAAAUUCACCAUGAGCCCGUCGUGGCGCAUCCUCCAGUGAUCGCUCAUGCGCCCCACCAGCCCGAGCCCCUCGACGAGAAGGAGACGCCGGCUGCUUCGGAAUCGGCUGAGCCCGAGGAGGCUUCAUACGGGAAGAAGCGACGAUUCCUUCGGAAGAAGAAGGCUUCAGCGAAGGCAUCGUCGGCCUCUUCAGCCGCCGCCGCCGCAUCCGCUUCUGCAUCUGCGGCUUCCGAGCCCGAGCCCACCGUGGUGGGCGUCGAGCAGAAGAAAGACAAUUGA